AUGUAUACCCUCGAGGAAGUGCAGAAGCACAACAAAGCAGAUGACCUCUGGAUCGUAUUGCACAACAAGAUCUAUGACAUCACAAAAUACAUCGAAGACCACCCCGGUGGUAGCGCAAUUCUGAUUGAAGUCGCUGGCACCGAUGCCACCGAGGCCUUUGAGGAGACUGGUCAUUCGGACGAGGCGCGAGACGAGCUGGCCAGGUAUCAUGUUGGAGAUUUGCCAUCAGAAGAGCAUGCCGAAACUGUGGAGAUCUAUCGUCCGAACUUUGAAAAAGUUGCCCAGAAAGCUGUUGUAACAGUCAAAAAGUCCUCAUCAGGCCGACUUGGUACUUUAAUUCGCGCUGUCGUCAAGCUCGGCCUCACUGGCGCUUUGGGAGCGGUGGCUGUGACUGGUUAUCGCCAAGGAUGGGGACCAUUGCUGCAACCGCUACAACAUCUAUCCCACCGCGCCGUGGCAAUUCUCUGUAGUCGUUCAGACUCGAGUGGCCAGUUCUGGUCUGGGUUUGGAAUCGCCAGCAUAGGUCAGCUGUCACUGACACUCGGAUUGACAAUGUGGAUUUCUACCAAGCUGGAUGUCCAGCAAGAAUUCACGCACUACUCCCCUCGCCGCACAACGAGAAUGAACCAAAUCAUCCUCCGUAAACGACUUCCCUUAUCGGCCAAGGGCAAGGCCUUCCCAAAAAUACAACGCUCUGCACCUCUCGAGCCACGCACCUGGAGGAACUUCCCACUUGUCCGCAAAGAUACGGUCUCGCCCAACGUCUACCGCUUCGUCUUCGGCCUCCCCCAAAAAGACGAUAUAUUAGGUCUGCCGACCGGUCAGCACAUCGCUCUUCGUGCCACAAUCAACGGCGAAAGUGUCUCACGCUCCUACACACCGGUUUCGAACAACACAGACCUAGGCCGCAUCGAGCUACUAGUGAAAGUCUAUCCGCAAGGCAAAAUGACCAAGUAUUUGGAGAGCAUGAAAAUUGGGGACAUGAUUGAGAUUCGGGGCCCUAAGGGUGCAAUGCAAUACACCACCUCCUAUGCAAAGCACAUUGGCAUGAUUGCGGGUGGUACUGGAAUUACACCCAUGUACCAGCUCAUUCGUGCAAUCUGUGAUGAUGAGACAGACUCCACGCAAAUCAGUCUGCUUUAUGCAAGCAACACCGAAGAGGACAUUUUGCUGCGACAUGAACUGGAUACCUUUGCGAAGAAGUAUCCGAAAAAGUUCCAGGUUCAGUAUGUCCUUUCACAGGCUGCGGAGGGGUGGAAGGGUCAUCAGGGAUUCGUUUCUCAAGAUUUGAUUCAGAAGUAUCUGGCACCUGCGGAUCAGAGCAGUAAGGUGCUGCUUUGUGGGCCGCCGCCUAUGAUCAAUGCUAUGAAGAAGGUCCUUGCCGGACUUGGGUGGAAAGAACCGGGUGUUUUGUCGAAGGCUACAGACCAAGUUUUCUUGUUUUAA